UCCCUUAUCCUCAACCAAUUUCAACCAUGGGAAACAACACCUCCAAAACGCAAUCCGACACUAGCCUGGUCUCUGAGCCCGUCUACAAUGAGAAACAGACAUAUCCUGACUCAGACUCUUUGUCGUCGCAGCUGCAAAUCACCAGCAUCUUGCGUCAAUUGAACAUCGGCGAUACCACCUCCAACUCCACCAAUGGCAUCAAUUCCGCCGAAGAUUUGGGGGCCUGGGAGUCUGAUUUCAACUCCAACUUGAAGAACUCGCUCGCCCAAAGUGCCAUCGCCAAAAACGAUAUCUACUCCGUUAUCGCCAACCCUUCCAGCGGUGCCGGAGUCCAACACCAAUACCUCUUCAACACCGAACUCAAAACCGUCGGUAGUCCUGGAUGCUACAACAACCAGGCUCUGUCAGGCCGGUGCUGGAUGUUUGCCACCAGUAACGUGUUGAGAGCACAUGUCAUCAAGAACUACAACUUGAAACCCGACCAGUUCCAGGUAUCGCAAGCUUACCUUUUCUUCUACGAUAAGUUGGAAAGAGCCAACUACGCGUUGGACAACUUCAUCGCCACUGCGGACGAGCCGUUGGACUCACGGUACGUGGGGCUGGUGUUUCUGGACGCGGUGGGUGGUGAUGGUGGACAAUGGGAUAUGGUGGUUAAUAUCUUGGACAAGUACGGGAUUGUUCCCCACGAGUUCUUCCCCGAUAACGCUCAGGCUGGUGCCAGCUCUACCUUGAACUACAUCUUGAAGGAAAAGCUCCGGGAAUUUGGUUUGGUGUUGAGAAAACUCAAGACUCAAGGAGCUUUGGAGGUGGUGAUAUUGCAGGUCAAGAAGGCCAUGAUGAAGCACAUCUACAACGUGAUUCUGAUCUGCUUGGGCACUCCUCCCAAGCCUUCUGACACCUUUACCUGGGAAUUUAUCGACAAGGAUGGUAAGUUCCAGGCGUUGGACACCACCCCCACCGAUUUCUACAAGACCCACGUCCGGUACGAGGCCAACAAGUCGUUCUCGUUGGUCCACGAUCCCCGGAACGAAGUCGGCGCCUUGUUGACGGUGGACAAGUUGAACAACGUAUCUGGCGGUAGACCCAUUCAAUACGUCAACACCACCUUGGACUCCAUCAAGCAGGCGGCCAUCAAGAUGAUUAAGGCCGAUGAGCCGGUGUUCUUUGGCUGUGACGUGGGCAAAUUCUACGACCGCCAGACCGGCGUGUUGGACGUGGACCAAUAUGAUUUUGGGUUGGCGUUUGGUUCGGGCUUCAACGUGUCGAAGAAAGAACGGUUACAAACUGGGUCUUCGGCCAUGACCCACGCCAUGACAUUGACCGGAGUCCACUUGGACAAGGCUGGACGCCCGGUGCGGUGGAAGAUUGAGAACUCGUGGGGUGACGCCGUGGGAGACAAGGGAUACUUUGUCAUGACCGAUAAGUGGUUUGACGAGUUUGUGUUCCAGGUGGUGACGUCCAAGGCGUACGCGUCCAAAGAAGACUAUGCGACAUGGAAGUCCCAGGAGUAUACCGUGUUGCCAUUCUUCGACCCCAUGGGAGCUUUGGCAUAGCAAAUGCGUGUUUAGAGUGUAUAAGAUGUAUUUGAUUUGAGAUUUUUGAUUUG